AUGGGAGACCUUUUUUCCUUAUUUUGGGAGGUAGAUCCUCCCCCCAUACCUUUAAGUUUUACCAUUCCAAAUCAGGAUUAUGAAUGCCAGAAGGAUGAAUCUUGUGGGGCAAUAGGGAACUUCCUGCUUUGGUAUUUUGUCAUUAUAUUGGUCCUGAUGUUCUUCUCUCGGGCUUCUGUUUGGAUGUCUGAGACUAAAAAGGAUGAAGACAGUGGGACAAGUGCUUCAGUAAGUAAAGCAAGCAAAGAAAAUUCUUAUAAGCGACAAAGCAGAGAUGGUUCCUGGGACUUUACUCAAGUAGUGAAAAAAACCAAACAGUUUCAAUUUUCCCCGGUAACUGACUCAGAAUUGGCCUUGGUCAAUGCCUAUCUUGAACAAAGACGAGUCAAGCGCCAUUCUCAACUCCAUCAGGUGAAUCGGACCCAACAUGACAGUGACACUACUGAGUGUGACAGUGAAGAAUCCAACUCAGGAGCCUCCUCAUGGAAGGAGAGUGAAAGUGAGCAGCAUCUAUUUCCAACCGGUAUUAAGAGGAGAAAACUAGCUCAGAGGCAAAGAAAUCUGGUGAAUUACCAAAUCAGAGAAAGGCCCUGCCUCCACUGCAAAGCCAUGAGAACCAAUGAAUGGUUGACACGCCAUUUCCUACAGAGCACUUCAGUUUCGGUCACCAGGAAGGGCGAUAUUGUAGAGGAAAAGGCUUUGCCUGACAUUAAUCCAAAAUUCAAAAAAUUUUGAAUUUCAUCUUUACCUUACUCGAAACCAAGUGAAAGAGAUUAAUAAAAAUGAAAAAUCACCAGAGCCCUAGGUGAGGAGACUUUUACAAUAAAGUUUCUCUACUAUCAACAAAAACAUACUUGAAACACAAGAGGUAAAAUUUCAGACAAUUCUUUUUUUCAAGGAAAGGUCAGUGGAUUUGUUUAUGGCACCACUGGAACACUGAUG